AUGAAGAGUCUUCUAACAUUGCUUGCCGCCGUCACUGCGGUCGCGGCAGCCCCACACUACACAUUCCCCAAGCUCGCUGGCACAGCAGAUUGGUCCUCGGCCCGUAAAACAGUCAACUGGCAGACCAACAACCCCGUCACCGAUGUGACCUCGCCAGAUAUUCGCUGCUACCAACUAGCCCCUGGCAACGAGGGCGCAACGACACAGGAGUACAAGGCCGGCAGCACCAUAACGUGGGUUGCAGCGCCGAGUAUCUAUCACAUCGGGGCUUUGUCGGCGUACAUGGCAAAAGCACCCUCGGGUACCAAGGCCGCUGACUGGGCUGGGGAUGGUGCCGUUUGGUUCAAGGUCUACCAAGAUAUGCCGACCGUGUCGGGUAAUCAAUACACAUGGCCAUCCGAGGGAAAAUCACAAUUCAGCUUCACGAUCCCCAACUGUCUAGAAGACGGCGAGUACCUGUUCCGCAUCGAGCAUGUAGCGCUUCACUCUGCUUCGACAGCUGGCGGCGCACAGUUUUACCUCUCCUGCGCGCAGUUGCAUGUCACUGGUGGCACGGCUACUGGCAAGCCGACCGACUUGGUGUCUUUCCCUGGUGCUUAUAAAGCGACGGACCCGGGUCUGCUGAUCAAUGUUUACAACAACGGUGGCAAGGCUUAUCAGCCAGCCGGACCAAAGGUCUUUACCUGCUAG